AUGUUCUCCAAAAUCGUAGUACUGUGCGCUUUGGUCGCGGUGUCGAAAGCUGGACUCCUGGCUGCUCCCGUGCACUACUCUCCCGCUGAAGCCGUUUCUUCCCAAAGCAUUGUGCGCCAUGACCAGCCUCAGCUCCACGCUGCCAAGCUCGCUGUUGCUACCCCUGUAGCCUACCACGCGGCCCCUGUAGCGUACCAGGCUGCCCCAGUUGCCUACCACGCGGCCCCUGUAGCGUACCAGGCCGCCCCAGUUGCCUACCACANACCUCUAACACUGCUAUGCCCGUUAUGCGGUAACUCAGAGCAAGGUCGGGCCGGGCGUACCUCGUUUGACAACUUCCACCACACAUUCAGAUAUUCUUUCUAUGAGUAA